AUGACCGAAUCUCAAAAAAUGCACCUAAUCAAGCACGAAGACCUAAAAACCUUCGUAACCUCCAUCCUAAUCGCCAACGGCACACCCCCAACAGACGCAGCCACCGUCUCAAACUGCCUAGUCGCCGCCGAUCUCCGCGGUGUAGAUACACACGGUAGUAACCGAAUCCCAUCAUACAUGGCCCGAGUCCGAGCCGGGCAUCUAAACCCACGUGCCACACCAAGCCUUCAAACCAAAACGCCCGUGGCUGCGCAAAUCGACGGACACAAUGGGUUCGGAUUCGUGUCUGCACACGCAGGUAUGGCCAAAGCGAUUGAAAUGGCUGAGACCUAUGGUAUCGGAAUGGUUAGUGUGAAACACUCGAAUCAUUUCGGGAUGAGUGCGUGGGUUGUUCAGCAAGCACUUGAGAAGGGAAUGAUGUCUUUGGUAUUUACGAAUAGUUCCCCUGCGUUACCGGUUUGGGGUGGGAAGGAGAAACUUAUGGGUGUUUCGCCAAUUGCUUGUGGAGCUCCUGGUGGUACGCGUGGACGUCCGUUUAUACUUGAUAUGGCGCCUUCUGUUGCGGCUAGAGGAAAGAUUUAUAAGGCUUUGAGACGGGGUGAGAAGAUUCCGCUUGAAUGGGCGCUUGAUGGGGAUGGAUGUCGGACGGAUGAUCCGGCGAAGGCGUUGGAAGGUGUUAUGUUGCCGAUGGGUGGACCGAAGGGUUCUGCGUUGGCUAUUAUGAUGGAUGUUUUCUCGGGUGUGUUUUCUGGGGCUGCGUUUGCGGGUCAGGUUGUUGGUCCUUAUGAUCCUUCUAAACCGUCGGAUGUGGGUCACUUCUUGGUGGCUAUUAAGCCGGAUUUGUUUAUGAGUAUGGAGGAGUUUCGGGAAAGGAUGGAUUAUCUAUAUGAGAGAGUGGUUGAGUCGGAAAAGAUGGAGGGGGUGGAGAGGAUUUACUUCCCUGGUGAGAUUGAGAUCAUUACUGAGGAGAAGAGACGUGUUGAGGGAAUUCCUUUUGCAGAGGCGGAGAUUGCAAGCUUGAAUCAAGAGGCGGAUUUGGUGGGUGUUGAGCAUUUGAAAUUGUAA